CUGGCGGGCGGGGAUCAAAAAAAAAAGGCAUGAGCUAACAUCUGCUCAAAGAUGUAGCGUCAGACUCACACAAGCGGGCUUAGACGUAAAUCAUGACCUUACUCACAAACAUACACAAGUUCUUUUAACCUUUUCGGUAUUCUGCGUCGGUGUUGUAAUCGUUCCUACUUGCAGCAUAAUAGCAAAAGCUCUUAGAACUAGCAUGCAGUGCAGUGCAGUAUAGUAGUUGUUUUCUUUUGCAUUGGCAUGGGGUCUGUUGAUAUUAGCUGGCUAGAUAGCAAAGUUAGCAUAUUUACCCUGUCAGAGAGCAUUUAUACCCGCCCGGUUAUUGUAUGAUCGAGAUAAAUUUACAUGUUCACGUUUUCAUCAUUGACUAUAUAAAUGUUUUCAUUAGCUAGCAAAGUGAAAACGCUCACCGUAGCCAGCAGCAGUGCUUGACUGAAAACACAAUGUGAACAACUCUUGUGUAUUCAAUAACGCCUAAUAAUGUCUUGAAGUUGUUUGUGAUCGUUGACUCCUACGAUAACCAUACCUCGCCGUCCAGUCUUCAAGGAUGAAUGGCAAACUCAUUCCUCACACCCCAGUUGCCGUGGACUUUUGGCAGGUGCGAAAGUGUGCCCACGUCCGCUUGUUCUUUCUGUCCCACAUGCACUCGGACCACACGUCUGGCCUCUCGUCCACCUGGAGUAACCGCCCCAUAUACUGCUCUCCCAUCACGGCGAAACUCCUCAAACUCAAGCUACGCGUGAAGGACAAAUGGAUCCAUCCACUGGAGCUGGGCGAUCCACACCUGCUGGCCCUGGACGACAUCGGAAAGGAGCGUAUGACUGUGACCCUCAUGGAUGCAAACCACUGUCCCGGAGCUGUUAUGUUCCUCUUCGAAGGAUACUUUGGCAACAUACUGUACACUGGGGAUUUCCGCUACUCCCCCUCCAUGCUGCGUGAGCCCUGCCUGCGGACACACACCACCAUCGACAUUCUGUACCUGGACAACACCAACUGCGACCCCACCCGUACCCUGCCAACCCGCCAGCGUGCCACGCAGCAGGUCAAAGAGGUCAUCAGGGCCCACCCAGGGCACAGGGUUGUCAUUGGCCUGUACUCUCUGGGCAAGGAGAGUCUGCUUGUGGAGCUGGCACUGGAGUUUAAGACCUGGGUGGAGGUGAGCCCUGAGCGCCUGGAGAUCCUGCUGGCCCUGGAGCUGCCCGACGUCUUCACCACGGAGCCCGGGGCAGGGCGCAUCCGCGUUGUGGACCAGGACCACAUCCGCGCCGCCAACCUGCUCCAGUGGAACCAGGAGGAGCCCACAGUGGCCAUCCUGCCCACCAGCCGGCCCGUGGUGUCGUGCCACCCGAACGUGCACGUGGUGCCCUACUCAGACCACUCAUCCUACCAGGAGCUAGAGGAUUUCCUGUCGGCGCUGCAGCCCCUCUCCAUCAUGCCCAUCGUGGGCACGGCCCUGCCCUCCUUCUCCGCCGUCUUCAGCCCCCGCAAGAAGCGCCGCAAGACCGUGGUGCCCGAGUCGGUCCUGCGCUACAUGACGACGUGCCCGACACCCGACAUCCCCCCGGCUCACUGCCCCGCCACUGGGAAGGCCUUUUGGGGGACUCGAUCAGCGCCACCUCGUGGGGUGGUGUUUGAGUCCCCCCGGCGGCCUCGGAAGGGGGUCCUAUCAGACAGGGAGGCCAGUGCCACAGAGGACACAGACAGCACACUUAACGGCUCUGACUGCAUCCUGCUGGACAUUGAGCAGGGCUCCAUCAUCGACGUGGAGAGUGAUGUGAGCCUGCGAUUGGCCGAGGAGAGAAGUGAGCUGAGUCUGCGAUUGGCCGAGGAGGGAAGCGAGCUGAGCCUGCGAUUGGCCGAGGAAGGAAGCGAGCGGAUCCCACAAUUGGCUGAGAAUGGGGAAGAGUAUGAUAAGAGAGCAGAUGUGUGUCCUGGCUCUUUACACACUCUUUACAGCUGUGGUGACGGGGCUACACAGACUCUAGCAGCAUCAGAAGGCAGCUCGCCAAUCAGAACCGCGCCCGUCCACCCGGACCGCUGCUCCUCCCUGGAGCACAUCAGUCUCCAUGACAACGUCUGUAUGACUGCCUCGGCCGCUACUGCCGUAACCCCGCGCAACCCCUCACCACCACCGCUGCACAGCCAAGCGUCCGCAGAGGACUCUGAGAAGGGGGAGCAAUGGCUUCUGGGAAACCUAGUCUUCCCAGAGGAAGAACUGAGCCCUGGAGCUGAGGUUGUGGUCGGACUGGGCAGAAUUUACAACCUGUGCCCGUUAAACAGUCCAAAACGAGUGGGCGAUCCUUUUGAAGCUGCAAUAGAGAGAUUUAAAGCUGCUUUGAGUUAAAAUGUGAACUCUUAACUGUAUGUACGGAAAGAGUAAGAACAGGCACUUGUAGUAUUAUGCAACACUCCACCAUGUACAUAGUGUCAUUGUUAUGAUUUUAUACGUUUAUACAUAGAUAUGCCCCUGGAAUGAGGAAGAACUCACUGUGAGAAGCUGAAUGCAUUCCUGUGGCAGAGCAAAACAAAAACUAUAUUACACAUAUUUAUACAGGUUUUCAGUUAUUGCAGUAGCAUCUUUUAUCUAGUGAUGUAUUUAUGCCUUUCAUCUAUUAUACAUUGUGCCCAUUUACACAUAUUAUUACACAUAGUAUUACUUUGUUCUUUCAAAGGACAUUAUUUUAUAUGCUAACUCCUCUUCUUGAACUCGUAUGGCUCUGAGCAACCGUAUACUCAUACAUUCAUAACUUUGUCUGACAUAUGAUCGCUUCAGUUCCUGUGUUGCUUGUUGUAAACACCGCAAAGCUGUUGUGACAGUGCUUGUGUUGCAGGGGAGCAUUGAAGGGUUGGCAUGUGUAGCUUGAUAGUGUUGUAGCUUUCAUUUCCUGCACAGAGUCCUGGGUCAUAAGUAGUCACAUGUUGUGCAGUUUUUUGCUAUUGUGCCAAAAAUGCUAACAUUUUCACACAAGUGUUUUAUUCUGUGGUGGGUAAAUAAAAAGUGUGUGUGUAGUUUUUAAAAAAUA